UCCCGAUAGUGAAGCGUCCAAAAUGAGAGGCGCGAUGGGCAAAUGAGGCUCCUGUCGCUUCCUCCCUCGACGGCCCUUCCCCUUCUCCCCCCCCCCCAUAUUGAGAAAACGGCGGCGAGCGCCUGUCGCGAGAGAAACGGAGGGAGAGCGGGCGGGUCUGCCUGCCGUAGUCGGGCGGCGCCGGCCUGGAGCCGAAAAGGUUUAAAAUUACAUCAUCCAGUCAAUGAUACUAGUGGCAAAUACAAUGGAAGACGGCAAAAGUAAAGAGGUGGAGGAUAUUCUUCGACUUAAUGUUGGCGGUUGCAUGUAUACUGCUAGACGUGAAUCUUUAUGCCGCUUUAAGGAAUCAAUGCUAGCAUCCAUGUUCAGCGGGCGGUUUCCUCUAAAAAUGGAUGACUCAGGAGCGUGCCUUAUCGAUCGAGACGGCAACCUCUUUAAAUAUCUCUUAGAUUAUCUUCAUGGCGAUGUUCGGCUUCCAGAAGACGAGCAGACACGAAUUGCAUUGCAGGAAGAAGCGGAUUACUUUGGCAUUCCUUACCCUUACAAUCUUGCUGACCACUUGGCCAACGAAAUGGAGACAUUUUCUCUAAGGUCAAACACAGAUCUUAAAAAGGCGUUAAUGGAUUUUUGUGACUCUUAUGGCUUAAUAUCUGUCAAGCCUACCGUUUGGGUCCUACACUAUCUCAGCACAUCCGGAGCAAGCUGUGAGAGUAUAAUAAUCGGUGUUUACACAACAAAAACUGAUGGAAUGGCGGCAGUUGAAAAACAACUGGCUGGGAGGAUUCACAGUAAAAAUAUUUAUAAGAGAGAGGCUGGAAAUAAUGUCCAAUAUAUCUGGAGCUAUUAUUCAGUGGCUGAGUUGAAAAAAAUGAUGGAUGCAUUUGAGGCAUGGGAAGGAAAAGGUGUCAGUUACUGGCGAGUUCCACAGGAAUUUAUAGAAUGCUGGACUCUUGAGGAACGCCCUUUGAAAGGAAGCCUGGAAAACAUGUCUCCAGUUCCUAAACGGCGGUUACUAGACUACACUGAAGAGGAAGAAAGGUACUCGAGCAGUAGAACAGGUCGAAAGCCAAUUCAGUUUUCAGGUCCUUCAACAAGUACCUGUAUCAAAGUUAAGAACUCUGCUUCAUUAAAGAUAGCGGCUUGUCAUGCAUCUUCUCGAUCUAAGGUGACUCUUAAACGACCUUCCAGAGACAGUUUGUUACCGUGCAAAGUACUACCAAAAACACUACCUGCAAAAUCUGUGUCAGUAACUAAAACCUCUCAGGUAUCAAUUAGGAGUUCUGAGAAUGGGGAACUUUGUGAAAAUACUUUGAAGGCCCCAUUAGCCAAGAAACUUGCAACCAGUCGUGUGGUAAAAAUCAAGCGGACUCCACUUUGCAAUGAACUAUCAUCUCGACACUCUUCAUCAGUACUGAGCAAAAUAUCUGAGCAGCAAGUUCCAGCCGUUGCGGUUGCUUCCACUUCUGCAUCCCCAGGUCAGGAAGAAUUUGAGUUCUCAUUGGAGUGUUAAUAUUAAAAAUCAUUUACAGAAUGACCAGAUAAAUGAUCCUACAUAAUGUUUGCAGUCAUGAUCUUACUAAAGGUAGAUCUUCUGGAAACAGUCAACUGUGUCAGACAGCAGCAAGUAAUAGACAGUCUGGAGAAAAAUGGGAGGGCAAGCAUUUUAACAUUUUUAAUCACGUGUCUGGAAAAAAAUCUCUUUAUUGUGCAAAAAGGGCAUGGACAUUUUUUUAAAUUGUCAUGCUUUGUAUUGGGGGGUCCCAUUUCUUUAUGUAGAUCAAAAUUGUUAUGCUGAAAUCGUUUUAAAAUGGAAUAUAUGCUGGUCUGUGUGAAAUCUAGGCAAAACUGAAAACAAACAAAAUAUCCACCACAUUCCCCGGUUUUGUAACCCCUCAUAAAUGUAUAAUAGUUUAUUUUGCAACUGUUACUGUUGAUAUGAUUUGUACUGUUUUUAAUAGACAUGGGCACAAAACAG